UCAACCAUUGCAAAGUUCGUAUUGUGUAUCAGUCAAAUAUUAGCUUGUUUUACAUUUAAAUGCACCUGUAGAAAAGAACAAGAUAGACAAUUUGUUUUCAACAUUCUCAGGAUUCAUAAUGUAAAAGACAAUUCUGCAAACGAACGUAUUUUUUUUUAUGAUGACACAGUAUUUACAACAACACAUUUAUAAAGACAGCUGUUUUACAGUUUUACUUGCACUCCAUUGCUAGACACUAGACGUAAUUAACCAUUCACCUGUCAAAGGUAUUAUACGCACGAGUUGUCUUACUGGUACAAGAAAGAAAUGGAUUAACCAUCCGCUGCAAUUUUCAUUAUUGACACGCACUUGUGUCACACAGAAGUUAGACAGUGUACAGUAAAAACUCAAAUGAAUCCAUGAGAUGCUGCCUUUCACGACGAGGAUUAUUAUACUUAUAUUUGCCUUAUCAAGAGUAUCAGUGAGAAUUAGUCUUUCAUGUAGCAUUCAUGUUUGUUUGACAUGGGAAGUUAGAAAUGAAAACUUAACUUUCAAAUGUAAAGUAAGCCAAUUAAGAUAUAAAGUGAUAUUUUCCAAUCCUGAUAACAAAGAAGAAGGACACUGUCUAAGCCCGAUACCGUACCCAACAUGUUUUCCUACUGACACUCAUAAUGCCAUGUCACAAGAUCGUAAAACAAACACAACUAUAUUGAUUAUAAAUAGACAAAUAGACAGUAGCUUAAAUGGGCCUUGGAAAUGCUAUCAUGGAACAAAUAGAGAACUUGCUGUUGUUGAUGUUACAAUAUUAGAUAAACAUAAUAAAGUUACAAACAAUUCAGAAUAUAAUAACUGUAGUGAUGAAUAUAUGGCUUGGACAUUUUUUGGUGUUAUAAUUUGCGUUAUUAUACUGCGGACUUUCGGGACGUAUUUAAAAUACUGGAAGAAAUAUGAAUGCGUUAUAUGUAACAAUAUAAAAGAAGGAUGUUGUAAGAGAUUUUGUGUGUUUCGUUCAGAAAAUCAUUAUGGUAGCGUAAAACUAUGUAUGAGUAUAUUGUUGAUGUUGUUCGUCCUUUUUAUUCCUCUGAUGAUUGGAGUUUGGAAAACGAAUUGCAAAGAUAAACACUAUUUCAUACUUUUUGGCUUUUGGAUAACUUUGAUGUUGAAGAUAUGCCUGUCUAUUCCCAAAAGAGCUAAAGAAAGUACAAUAGAAGAUUCCGAAAUGAAAAUGACAGAGCCUAAUGAGUAUGAAGAAGAACACUGAUUGAACCGACUGCAAUUUAGUUUAGAAAGAAAUAUUGCCUGCUUUUGUUCUUUUUUCAUCAGAUAAUAACGAACAUUUUCCUUUAUUCGAUUAUUUGUUCAGUUUAUCCUUUUUUGUUGCUAGUGGUUUUCAAAAAGUAACAGUAGGUUUUCGGGUGAUUGGAGCUUCUGAGAUUAGAAAAAGGAUAUUUUUUGGAGUAAAGCUUACAACAAUCUGUUUUUUAAAGACAAUAAUGCAGAGCUUCGAACCAGUAAAAUGAGUCCAAAAACACUAAGGAGCAUCAUGCGAUAACUUGAAGAAUAACCGAAAACAGUUGAAACAAAUAACGAGAGGAACAGGAAGCUACUUCAUAAAAUCGAAUGCAACUAAUUACUAAUUGGAACUUCAGCAAAGUAUGGUAUAUCAUAUGAUAGGAGCCGAAUAUAUUAACUGGGAAACUGAGUGCAGAAGGGAUAAAUACGUUUUAUACAGAUAAAGCUACUAAGCAAGUGAAAAAAAAAAUCAUAUAUGUGAUUUCUUUACUAUAUGACUAUACAUAUAUAUGAACAAAUAUAUAUGAACAAAUUCAUCAUACAAAUAUCUGAUGAUAUGUACAAAUCAUUCAUAAGAACAAAAGAAUGAAAUAAAAAAAUGAACAACACAAAUAUUCGCAAACUACGUAUCAGACAAAGCUAAUGCUAGUCACAAGGUUAUAAAUCAGAUGGUGCCACAUUACCAA